GUCUAUGGAAUUAUAUAGUUACAGAAUUGAUUACAAAUUUACAAUACGUUGUACGAGUACAUUUUGAUUUGGUUUUAUAAAAUCUGCAAACCACAAAUUCUGGUGCUGCGUAAGGUUUUGUUAACACGUCUAUGAAUUAUAGUUUGCUUAGUGCUUAAAAAUUUCUCACUAAAAACUAGGAAUUUGGUAGUUUCUCAUCCCGAUCAAAAUCAUUUGAGGAAGCCUAGUUGAGAAGGCGAAUUGCAAUGAAAUCGGAUGCCACUGCUGCCGGCGGCGAGGUGAACGAGCCAUCGCCGGACAUGCUAACGAAUACGCCGCUGAAUAUAAUGCGGUUGUCUAGUGAGAUCGAGCAAUGUGAGGGGAGGCAGAAAUAUCUUGCGCGUACUACCAGUCCGUCCGACGGCGGCGAUGUGCGCUGGUACUUUUGCAAGGCUCCCUUGGCGCCAAACGAGCUAGCUGCAUCAGUCCCUCAGACAGAAAUUGUUGGAAAAGGUGAUUAUUUUCGAUUUGGUAUGAGGGAUUCUCUUGCAAUAGAGGCAUCAUUCUUGCAGAGAGAGGAUGAGUUACUUUCAAGCUGGUGGAAAGAGUGUGCAGAGAGCAGCGCUGGCCCUAUACAGACAAGUUUUGUUUCCAAGUCACCCUUACAUAUAAACAGAACACUGCCAGGAACUCCACAAUCCAACCAACUAUAUUCAACUGAUGAAGAAAGAGUUGGUGUCCCUGUAAAGGGAGGCCUAUAUGAGGUGGAUUUGGUCAGGAGACAUUGUUUUCCCGUAUACUGGAAUGGACAUAAUCGUAGGGUCCUACGAGGCCACUGGUUUGCUUGUAAAGGUGGUCAGGAUUGGCUUCCACUGCGCGAGGAUGUUUCUGAGCAGUUGGAAUACGCAUAUCGCAAUCAGGUUUGGCGCCGAAGAACAUUUCAAUUGUCAGGUCUCUAUGCUGCACGAGUUGAUAUACAAGGCCCUACUCCAGGACUACAUGCCCUUUUCACUGGGGAAGAUGAUACAUGGAAAGCAUGGCUAGGUGUAGAUGUUUCUAGAAUUUCUGGUGUUGUGAAAUUUGGAAAGAAUGGGAUAAACAUAAGACGUGGAUAUGCUCCACCUCAGUCUCAGAAACCAACCAAGGAUGAAUUACGUCAACAACAGGAGGAAGAGAUGGAUGAUUACUGUUCACAGGUUCCUGUUGGACAUUUAGUCUUCAUGGUUCACGGCAUUGGUCAAAGGUUGGAGAAAUCCAAUUUGGUGGAUGAUGUUGGAGAUUUUCGCCUUAUAACUGCAAGUGUUGCUGAAAGGCACCUUACUUUUCAUCAACUUGCUACUCAACGAAUACUUUAUAUUCCAUGCCAGUGGAGGAAGGGAUUAACUCUCAGUGGAGAAGUUGCAGUUGAGAAAAUUACUUUGGAUGGCGUCCGAGGGCUACGCAGGAUGUUGAGUGCAACUGUUCAUGAUGUUCUAUACUAUAUGAGCCCAAUAUACUGUCAAGAGAUAAUAGAUUCGGUUUCCAACCAACUUAACAAAUUAUAUCUGAAGUUUUUGAAGAGGAAUCCUGGUUAUGAUGGAAAGGUUUCAAUUUAUGGUCACUCUCUGGGUAGUGUACUGUCUUAUGACAUCCUUUGUCAUCAAGAGACUUUGACCUCACCCUUCCCAAUGGAGUGGAUGUACAAAGAAAAAAAUAAAAACAAUAUUCCUCAUUCUGUCAGGAAUAAUUUAACAUCUAAUAACAGUUCCAACUCAAAUUCUCGGUGUGAGAGCUCAGAGAGUGUUUUAAGUGAGAACAUGGUUGGUCCUCUGCAUUAUCCAGAUCUUGUAGAAGAUCCUACAGAGGGAACUUCCAAUCCAUUGGGGCCUCCGAUAUCAUCAGAGUCUGAUUUAUCAUCAUUGGGUGGAAAUGCCGAUGAACUUUUUCACGGUUUAUAUGACAUGGACUUCAAUAAAAAUGACCUGAUAAAUGAACCCGAUACCAUGAGAACUGAUGCUGUAGUGUUCGGCGACAGUACAGAAAAUUUUGAUCGCUGUAAAGCUGAUAAAAUUAGGUUAUUGAUGGAAGAGAAAGAUUUGCUAAAAGCAAAAGUCAAAGAAUUUGAAGCUGAUUGUUAUAGCAAAGAAGUACUAUUAGUGAAUGCAAAGAAGAGUUCCUCAGACGUAAACCAGUCUGAUCUUAAGAGACGUCAGCAUGGGCAUAGAGAUUCUUUGAAGAGUUAUACCCCUCAGAUCAGAUAUACAAAAUUAGAGUUCAAAGUUGACACAUUCUUUGCAGUUGGGUCUCCUCUUGGAGUUUUUCUCUCCCUUCGUAAUGUUCGUAUUGGGAUUGGCAAAGGGAAAGAGUAUUGGAAAGAGAAAAAUAUAAAUGAAGAGAUGCCAGCAUGUCGGCAAAUGUUUAAUAUCUUCCAUCCAUUUGAUCCUGUAGCAUAUAGAAUUGAACCACUCGUCUGUGAAGAAAUUAUGCACAAACCUCCUGUCAUUAUUCCUUACCACAGGGGCGGGAAACGGCUGUAUGUUGUGCUCAAGGAAUUCAAAGAAGGCUUAGCAUCGUGUUCUCAGGCAGUAAGGAAUCACUUUAGCAGAGUUAGGGUUAAAGUGCUGACACUAUGCGAAUCUAGGUCAGAUGAUGAGGAUGAGCAAUCUGCUAGCAGUCAUAAAAAGAAUGAGAGAUCAUACGGUAUGAUCAUGAUGAAUAGGCUAACGGGCAGUAGAGACGGGCGAGUUGAUCAUGUAUUGCAAGAUAAAACCUUCCGCCAUCCGUAUGUAUCUACCAUUGCGGCACACACAAACUACUGGAGAGACUACGACACGGCUCUCUUCAUGUUACGGCACUUAUACAGGGAUGUAGCAGAGGAACCGAAUUUGAGCAGUGAGGAGCUGGAAGGCAGCUGGAGGAGUAGAUUGAAGGGGUGGUCUAAACAGAGGGAAAUACUCGACGAAGAGCUCCCAUUGACGUUUGCUGAUAACGUCUUCAUAAAGCAUUUCUCCUACCAAGUGAAGAAAAUGUCCAAAAAACACUGAAUUGUCAAUUUUGAGGUUCCGCGUUCACUCUCCCACAUUUGCACCACCUAAUAAUCAAUUUAGGACAUAUAGGUUAGUAUAAAAAAUUUAUGGAUCAAAAAUUUUAGCCAUGAAAUAAUUGCGAAAAAAAUUAACGUAAUGAUAUUAAUAAUUUAUUUCAAACACGUGGGACUGACUAAAAUUUAAUAGAACAUCAUAAAUUUUCAUUGAUUA